AUGGGAUUGGAGAGGCUGUGGCUGCUGGGUGUCACCACUGCUGUUGCCCUCUGUCUGCUGCGUACAUCCCAGGGUGUGGAGGCGGUGGUACGAGCCAGGGUUGGGGGGACUGCAGAGCUCAGUUGCAGUCUUACCCCCCCUUCUACAGGAGCCACCACCCCAAACCUGUUCCCACUGCACGUGGUGGAGUGGGUUCGCCUGGGUUACAAUGUGCCCAUCCUCAUCAAAUUUGGAGUGUACGCACCACGCGUGCAUCCCAACUACAAGGGCCGUGUGUCUCUGACCCGGGGGGCCUCGCUGCUGGUGGAGGGGCUGAGCCUGGAGGACGAGGGCUGGUUUGAGUGUCGCAUCCUGCUCCUGGACCGCACCACAGACGAGUUCCGCAACGGCACCUGGACCUUUCUCUCCAUCACAGCCCCACCUGUGUUUAUCAAGACUCCGCCUACCUUUGUAGAAGUCUUGCAAGGGGAUUCCCUGGCCCUCAGCUGUGGUGCUCAUGGCAAUCCUCGACCAACUGUUAUCUGGCAUAAAGAUGAGACCCCAAUUGAGAAACAUGAAAAGAUGGCGGUGCUCAAUGGCACCUUGUCUUUGGUCACCGUCACCAGAGAGACAUCAGGAAUGUAUAAAUGUCAGGUGUCCAACUCGGAAGGGAAUCUGACCCAUACAACCCAGCUGCAGGUCAAAGGUCCUCCACUCAUCAUUAUCGCCCCAGAGGACACCACCCUCAACAUAUCCCAGGAUGCAGUUCUACAGUGCCAAGCUGAGGCCUAUCCCUCCAACCUCACCUAUGAGUGGUGGAAACAGGGACAGAAUGUCUACCAUAUUGAGUAUCUUAAGACACGUGUGAAGAUCCUAGUGGACGGCACACUCCUCAUCCCUAGUCUUGUCCCAGAGGAUACUGGGAAUUACACCUGUAUACCAACCAAUGGGCUGAUGACCUCACCAUCUGCCUCAGCACACCUCAAAGUCAAACACCCUGCCAGGGUGGGCCGGAUGCCCAGGGAGACGUAUCUACCUACGGGCAUGGGAGGAGUCAUUUUCUGCCCAGUCCAGGCUGAGCCUCCCAUGAUCUUUGUCAACUGGACCAAAGAUGGGAGCAAUUUAAACCUUGACAAUUUCCCUGGCUGGUUGGUGAAUGCCGAGGGCUCUGUGUUUAUAGCCACAGCUAAUGACAAUGCAGUGGGUAUGUACACCUGUACUGCCUAUAACAGCUACGGGACCAUGGGACAGUCUGAACCCACUAAGGUUAUCCUGCAGGACCCGCCCUCAUUCUCAGUGUCCCCUCGUGCUGAGUACCUGCAGGAGGUGGGCGGGGAGCUGGUCAUCCCCUGUGAAGCUGAUGGAAACCCCUCUCCCAAUAUCACUUGGAGCAAGGUUGGUCCCAUUCCUCGCUCCCCAUACACUGUUCUGUCCAAUGGCUCCCUCCUCUUGAAGCCUCUCAGCAAAGAUCAUCAGGGGGGCUGGGAGUGCCUCGCCACCAACCGUGUGGCCACCGUUGGCACUGCCACUGUGGUCUUGGUGCUGGGCACCAGCCCUCAUGCUGCCUCAUCUGUAUCAGUCAGUACUGGGAUGAACCAGGCCAAUGUGUCCUGGGAACCUGGCUUUGAUGGAGGAUACACCCAGAAGUUUACUGUCUGGUUUGCCCCCAGGGUCAAGCAGACUUCCAGAGGGAAACAUGAGUGGGGAUCUAUCUCCGUGCCCACUUCCAAGUCUCACUUGUUGGUGACAGGGCUGCUGGCUGGCACCAGCUACCAGUUCAGUGUCCUUUCUCAGAACAAACUAGGCUCUGGACCCUUCAGUGAAAUUACCUCUGUCAGGACGCAGGCCCUGCCAACAUAUCCACCGACAGUGGCGACCAGUCUACCAACUCUCAACCCUCCCUUGUUCCUGUCAGCCAAUCGGACUGUGUUGGGGAUUGUCCUGCAGUGGUAUCCUCCUGAGUCUCAGGCCACACUACUCACUGGGUAUGUCCUCCAGGUUCGGAGGGACAGAGGCCAAUGGGUCAUUCUCAACAGUGCUGUGAAGACCAACCAGAGUGAACUACUGGUGCAAGGAUUACUGAGGGACUGCAUUUAUGAUCUGAGAUUGAUGUCUCGCAGUAACAAACUACUGAGUGAGCCCAGCGAGUCUGUCAAUGUGAACACCACAGGGAUGGAGAUGUACCCUGUCCAGCCAGGCUUUUUGGAGUUUGUCCCUGAGCCCCUAUUGGCUGGUGUGUUGGGUGGAGUGUGCUUCCUGUUCGUGGCAAUCAUCCUCUCCUUGGUGACAGCCUGUGUUAUGAGUCACAGAAGAGCCCAUCGGCGCAGGAAGAGGAGAGAUGAUCAACCCUCUGCCUUCCAGAAGAGUCUUUCUCCAGAAGCUCGCUCGCCUUCUGACAGCCCAGACAGCGUCCUGAAGAUCAAGUUUUGUCCUCCCCUGUCUUUCUUUCCCAACUCCUCGUCUUCCCAGGCUGAUCGUUCCUCCUUCAAUAAAGGCAGCCGUGGAGAGUACCAGGACCAGCGCAGGCAGCUCCUGUCCAGCUCUACUCCCCCACCACAUUACACCCUCUUUGAGAGCCACCUGGGAGGUAAGGCCCCCUCACCCUCUGCUCUGGAGUCCAUCUUAAGAGGCCCAGAUGGACGUUUCAUUGUCCAACCCCUGCCAGAGGCGCCUACUCUUUCCAACAUGAAGACAGUCUUCCUACAAACCCAAACCAAUAGGGGAGGCAGCGGCACAGUGAGCAACCGGACAUCUUUCAGAGACUCUCCGAAGUCCAGCAGUCUGAGCUCUGAGAGGGGAGAGGGAAAGGAGUCCCCCCUGACAGUGGAGGUUACCGAACUCAGCAAGCCCCCUGCCUCCCCGGGCAGAGUGAGGGCAAUGGCCAGGAACUUCUCCCGUCACGGCUGCUUCUACUCUGAUGACGAGCAGGGCUUCUCAGAGGCUCUGCUGGAGAGAGCCAGUUUCCACUCCGAUAGGAGUGAGAAGAGAGUCUGUGACUCCCUGAAAAGAUACCGAUCUGGGCACCCAGAGGACAUCUUCCCCAGCCUGGGCAGGACAGCCAGGCUGCUGGAGAUGGACAGGCAUCACCUCGCAGAUUACCAACCUAUGGAGAGAGAGAGCCAGCUGACUAACGCCAGCACACUGGUCUCACAGAUUGACACAAGUGAACAAAAGCAGGAUAACCUCAGAAAGUGUCGGCAGCUGGCCAAAGAGAGGGAGAUGAUGGAAAGGGAGCUGGAUAACUAUACUGCCAGUCAGAGGGAAAGGGAGUGGGAGAAAGUGGAGAACCAGCUUGAAAAGGCAACAAGCCCUAACAGAGAACUGGGCAGUUCAGGGGCUGAGGAUCCUAUAUGGAAGCCACAGGACAUUACCUUACGUCCCAAAGCCCACCGGGCGUCCGGGCAGACCCAUCAGCUGUCGGACUAUAGGAGGGCCUGCUACUUUGGGAACACCAGCAGCCCAAUGGACCGGCUCCCUUCCUCCUACAUUCAAUGGGACAUCAGCCCAGUCACCUCCAUCAGCAGCCUUGUUCCAGUGCAGAGCCCCUUAGAGAGCACCACGCCAAGAUCCCAACAUCCUCACCAACGUCAUGCUGGGCUGUCCAUGGAGGACUCACUACAUGUGGAAUGCUCACGCUGCCCAGUCACUCAAUGCACCUCUCCAUCUCAGCUCUCCCCUACCUCAGAAAGACCACCUAUCAGUCAAGGAACAGACAGAAAUGUAGGCAGAGCCAGGUCAAGGAGUCCUGACAGAACUGUAGAAAGAGAGCAGGACAUGUAUCGUAGAAGGUCUAUGGUUGAGGAGGGCUGGAGGGAGACAAAACAGCCAGGGGGAGGUGACUUAAAACCAAGAUCGUCCUUUGCUUAUGGUACACAGCAUCUGGAGCCAACAGCUGAAAGAUCUGUUUUACCAGAGCGAGUGAGGGCCACAGGUUCUGGCCAGCCAUACCCAGGCACUGCACCAUAUAGUCUGUCUGAGAGAACAGAGACAAUGGAUGAUAGGGAGAGAUUAAAUCAAAUUCACUCUGGUUGCUCUACCUUGCCAUAUGGUUACUCUACCUUGCUCCACAAAGCAGGGGCCAAAGGGAAAGUGAGAGGUGAUCAAAUUAGGGAUGACCCUCAGAGUUCACUGUCAAACCCUGAGCAUGAGAGAGAGGGUGUCAGGGCACGCUCCAGAAGGAGUGAUAGGGCUCUUUUUAGUGACAGCCCCAGUCAAAUUUCCCCCUUAACUCUUCUGGAAGCGUGUGAGAGCGAUCAGUCCCAGUUCUCUGCUGCUAGAAUAACAGAGUCUUUCAAGAAUAAGCCGGCAACCCAGGCACCCAAAAUGUCCCCACUGCAAACAAGUGCAAUUCUGGAGUAUUUGAGCCUCCCGGGUUUCAUUGAGAUGAGUGUGGACAACCCUGGGGAUGAAUCUGAACUCACAGACACUGCUUGCAAAAGCGUAGAGCCACGGACAGACACUUCUCUGGAAGGUAAGCCAGACGUGGUUCCAAAAAACUGGGAUGUUCAUGUGCAGGAGAAGCUAGAGAAAAGUUCAAGCCAAAACACGGUUUCUUUUUUAGAAAACAGACACUUUGUUGUUCCAGCAGGAACUUCAAAGGCAAUUGAGAAGCCAGACUAUAGAUACUCUCUGCAAGUGCAAGCAAGAGAUUCAAGCCACAGUGCUGCGAUUCCAGACAGGUCCAAAAAACUAGCACCCGGGUCAGAAUACACGGGGAAUUAUCGUUAUUAUGAGCAGUCACAACCACUUAUUAGUCAAAAGACAACAAGCUCAGAGAGACCACCAACGAGAAUUGGUUUAAGUCCAGCCCAGACAUUGGCUAGUGCAGCUAAAAGCAUGGCAGAAGUUGUGUUUAAACACACUAAUACUUUUGCAGGGAAACCAGAGUCAGCUUCAGAACAAUUCCAAAGACUUCAUUCUCAAGGCAACAGGACUAAUAAAAUAGCCUCUAGGAUCUAUCAACACCCUGCACCGUUCAUCAAGAAAUCUCUGAGCAUUGGGCCCUGCAGAACUCUUUCAGGCAUGGGACAGUCUCGUCCAUUCAUAAAAAAGUCCAUCAGCUUAGGGUCACAGAAAUGGGAGCAUUUUGAAAGACCAAGGACUUAUGUCACAGAGAAAUGUUACUGGGAUGAGUUCCCAAACCCAGACGUCCGGGUCAAAUCGUAUAGUUUAGGACGCACCCGUGCACCCUCCUUUUCCAGACCAGACCCCUUGUGGCGGGAAGGGGUCCAGUUUAGACAGCCGAGUGUAGGAAGCUUGGAGAAGCCUCUGAAUGCUGACAGAUCCUUGGAGAGGCUUCAGUAUGACAGAUCCCUAGCCAGCUCUUCCUAUACCUACCUCAGCCCCUCCAUGUACCCACCAAGACAACCCCCAGUCUCUGUUAGACUAGACCUAUUAGAUCCGUGUAGACAGGCCAGUGCUUAUCCUGAUGCCGCCACGUCGCCUAUCACAUAUCAGGAUGCUCUGAGGUCUGUAGAGCAAAGAUAUGUCUCUAUGAACUCCUCAAUACCCCAGUACCUACCUAGACUAGACCAGUACCUACCCAGACUAGACCAGUACCCACCCAGACCAGACCAGUACACACCCAGACCAGACAUGAGGGGAGACUACCCCAGACAGAUGGAGUCCAAGAGGGGCCAACCGAGGCCCAACCUGCCCCGGAUGUAUAGCUGGCCUUCACCCUACCACGGUGGCCCUUUCCCAGCCAGGGAUGUAGACAGUCAUAGAGAGGCAGAGAGAGGGACAGGGAAGGGGGCAGGAGCUGAGGCAGAGAUGAGCGACAACAGGGAAGGAUGGAGGGCCAGUUAUGCCAGUCAGAGCAGUGGGAGAGGUAGCGUUGGCCUCCUCCGUCAGUCCCUCUCUAUCACUCCCAUCCUUCUCAGCUCCCCGGAGACAACAGAGGAAAGUGAGACACAGAGACACAGAGCUGAGAUGGAUCUACGUGAGUGGAGAAAAAAAAGAAGGAACACAUCAGUAGAUGAGAGUUAUGAGUGGGAUUCUGCUGAUGUCUGUGUGGAUUUGGAAGUCCUGGAGGCCAUGAAGCCACAGGCGGGGGUAGGGAAGGGCAGGGGCCAGGGCAGGCAUGAUCGAGUCCUUUCUGUGGCUGGCCUUCAGGACCUCUACAGGAAAGAUAUGUCAAAGAAAGGAACCAAAUAGUUUCUCAGAUGCAGAGAACUGACAGUACUGUGGUCCUGGAUGUAUGCUUGAUAUAUUUUUUGAAGCUUCAUGCAACACCUCAAAAUCCAAAUCCUCCACAAUCCAACUGGAUCCUCUGUGGACGGAACACUGUCAAAAGUGUAACCAACUAAAAGAGACAGGAUAUGCUUGUUCAUAUGGCGCACGUCGUACACACCAAUUGCCACAGAUAUUGAUACCUGUGUUGUGCCAUCAUUAUUGACACAGAAUAAUACUUGGCCCUGAUUGGAGCCUGUUAUGAGAUGGAUAUUUAUAUUUCUUGUGUUUUGGUUUAACUGACCAGGAACCUUGCAAAGAGGCAAGUACAAAUGUAAAACCAAAACAACAAGUGUUUUAUGGGCUUUUGGUAAGCUUGGACAAUCAAACACAGUUGUCCUCUUUAAAAAAGAUCUUGGAAAAGUCCCUGGAUUCAUGCUUGUACAUAACCACUUGGCCAGCUAAUGGUGGCAAGCUAGAGAUCUGCCUGAGAUCUGUAUUUCAAGUCCAAAGAGUAUUUCACAUCAAGGACAAGGUCUUUUUGCUUCCACCACCAUUUUAUGAAAAUUGGUGAAAACAUCAGUCAGUUUAUGACAAUGUAUGGAUCUGUAUGUGAAAACACUGAAUAUGAAGAUUUAGUACCAUACUCAACACAAACAGUAUUUUGUCAUUAGCAACCUAAAUGGCAUGUGCUUUGAGUGAGCGAGCCUUCAUCUUUGUGUUGCAUUGUUACAGUGAGUGGGUAGCUAGCUCACCAUUACCUGAGCAGAAAAACAUGUUUAUUCAUUUCCCAAUUAAACAGGUAAAUCUCCCUCAUUGUUGUGUUUGUAAUUAUACUCUGUUUUCUCCGCAGAGUAUUUCAGACUAACAGGAAAGUGUUGAGUGAUUGCUGUAAUUUAUGUGUCAAUGUUUUCAUAUACUGUAGCCCUAGACAAUUACACCUUGUAUUUUUGGUACCAUAGCAACUCAACAUCUUAAUCCUUGAUCAUAUGAAAAAUAUGUUAUAAAGUUGUCCAUGACAGGGACAGGUUGUGUAUCAUCUUUGCUUUACCUUUGUCUGCCCAAAAAAUGGUAGUUCACCAUUCUCAAAUAUGGUUGAACAUUAUUCCCAAACUAAGCCUAUAUUAAAUUAUUGGAAUUAAAGAAUAACAAUACGUCUUGAGAUUAAGUACUGUGUAUAAUGUAUGUCAUCACCUUUUGUACUACAAGCAUUAUUGAACAUUAUUGUAUAUUUAUUAACAUGAGUUUUGAUAUGCAACAAUGUUUACAUGCAAGUUCACAUUAUUAAUGUGAAAAGCACACUGUGAAUAUACUCCAUUAAGCUGAAUUCUGCUGGAAUAAGAAGUCUCCAUUUAGUGUUGUACAUUUUAUAUCCAAAAUUGUGUCCUGACAUUUGUUAUUUAAUAAAAAACUGUACUUUAUAAUGGAACUGUUUUACAGUGACCAAGAGAGAUAUUUCUUAUACAAUUUAAUAAAAGGAAAGAAUUGAAGCAUGUAUUAUACUUAAGGAGCAUUUGUACAUCUGUACAUUUGGAGUACAUUUGGCAUUUUUUAAAAUAAGUUUGAUGUUUUGUACAAACUGAAUGUUUUUUCAAUAUCUGCUCAUUUGGUUGUUGUCAUUGUCGUUUUUAUUUUUGUAUUGAAUAAAUUGUUUUAUUCUGAAUGUA